UUUUCAGGCAGUUUCACUUCAUUCAGAUGAUAAGGCAUGGAUAUCAAGUCCAUCAUGAUAGUGAAAGUGAUCAAAGCCUUGACCAUCCAUCAUUUACACCAUCCCUGCCCAGAAGGAAUAGGUUGCCUAGCAGAAUGGUCCUUAUUGCUGUCACUGUGGAGCAACUGUCAUUCCUGUCUCUUGUUGCGAAUCUAUACCUCUUCCUCACAAGAGGAGUGGACACAUCUGCAGAGGGAAAUUCAUCUUGGGGCUCAACAGAAGCCCUAAAUGCUGUCCUCUUCCUACUCACCUUCUCACAUUUUUCAGGAUUGAUAGGAGGUUGUAUUGCAGAUUCUUGCCUUGGGAACUACUGGACUGUAGUGAUUGGCUUUCUCCUCUGUGCUGGAGGAUUUGGGCUCCUGACUGAAGCAGCUCUUGGUGUCCUGCCUGAUUGUCAUCACUCCUCAUCCUCUGUCAUCCAUGAAAAUGUUGAUCUUGUCUCACCAACCUGCAAAGUUGAAGUCUACUGCAUCCUGCUCAUCAUUGCCAUGGGGAUUGGAAUGGUUCUGCCAACCUUGGCACCACUUGGAGCUGAGCAGGAUGGAGUUGAUGGACCUCAGCAAAGCUUCUUCAAUCUCUUCUACUGGUUCAAGAACAUAGGAACUUUCCUUGGAAUUGGAGUUUUUUGCUGGGUGGAACAGAAUUCCCAGCAUGGCUUUCCCAUUGCAUAUGGGUCACCGGUGGUGAGUCGUCGUUCAGAAGAGUUCCUCACCUCUAUUCCAGCAGGGCUGGAUUAUGCUAAGGUGCGAUAUGGGGGACGGUAUCAAGAGUCAGAUGUGGAUGACAUUAAAGCCCUUCCUCACAUCCUUGCAAUUUUGGAACGUUUGGGGCUGCAUUGUGGCAUAACAUCUCGUAUGGUCCUAGGCAUGGGCUUUUCUUCCCUUGCUGCCACCACUGCUGGUCUUUUGGAGUUUUAUCGCAGGGACUUGUGGAAUCGAGACCCUUCUUCACACUUGGAGCAAGUGAUAGGCAACACUACUUAUGAUGCUGUGAAUCUCUCUGUUUUCUGGCAAGUACCCCAGUAUUGUUUCGUCGGGUUGGCUGAAGCCUUUGCUUCAGUUGCAGGUCUGGAAUAUGCAUAUUCAGCAGCACCAAGAAGGAUGCAAGGAUUCCUGAUGGGUGUAUUUUAUGCAAGCCAGGGUGUGGGGAGUCUCCUUGGCUUGGCUUUGCUCAACCUCCUCCAAUUCCUCGGGUGGACCUCUCCCUCAGAAGACAUCAACAUGGAGCGCUUAGAUUUUUACUUGUUUCUCCUUGGUGGUAUCCAAGCCUUCUCUGUCCUUGUGUUCAUCAUGGCAAAGAGGGACAUGCAAGCAAAAUGGUCCAACUACAGCUUGUUCCUCUGCACCCUGGGCUUUGUGAUAUCCGCAUAUUCGUACUAUGUGGAGGUGCGCAUGGAACAGGACUAUGAAUUCAAGCCUUUCUGUGACAUUGCUGAGUCUGUCUCCUGCAGCAAGGCCCUCCUCUCUGAGUAUGGGAAAGGUUUUGGGAUCAUGGGGAAGUACUUCGGAGAGGAAAGCAUCUGGAAUCAGUAUAAUAGCGUCUAUGGCAUGAUAUGUUAUGCCAUCCUCUUCCUCCUCUCAUAUGGAUCAGAGGAACUGUUGCACCUCCAACUGUAUGUGAUAGCCCUGUGCAACCUCUUCACCCCAUACCUGGCUUAUGUCUUGUUUGUGUUGAUGAGAAACAUCUGCAUCAUCUGCAUCUCCAUCUAUGCCCUCAACUUCCUCCUCCUUGUUGUCAUCUUCAGGCGGGUGAAGGCACUGAGCAACGGGGACGAGGCUCAUCUUGGCCGGGUUGAACGGGUGCGGCUUGGCCGGGUUGAACGGGUGCGGCUGGGCCGGGUUGAACGGGUGCGCCUGGGCCGGGUGGAACGGGUCCGGCUGGGCCGGGUUGAACUGGUGAUGAAAGGAGAAAAUUAA